AUGGAACUGCCUGUGAAGUCACCGGAUGCCGGUGGCCGGAAAGCUCCAUACAGAUUGGAAACUAAAAAUUUGUCUUACAAGUUGAGCAGCAAAUUUGAAGAGUUUAGAUGGGUUUUUGGUGGCUCGAUUAAUCCAGAUAGAGGUCCCAAGUUCAUUUUGAAGGGUGUGAAUUGUGAAGCUAGGCCUGGAGAGAUUUCCGCGAUAGCUGGACCAAGUGGAGCAGGAAAAACUACAUUGCUGGAGAUUCUUGCAGGAAGGAUACCACCCUGUAAAGUGUCAUCAGGGGAAGUGCUUGUCAAUGACAGGCCUGUUGAUAAUAAACUGUUUCGAAGAGUUUCAGGAUAUGUUACCCAAGAUGAUGCUCUAUUUCCAUUGCUUACAGUUGAAGAAACACUCAUGUAUAGUGCACUUUUGAGGCUACCAGGCGGAAGAAAGGAAGUUAGUUCUAGAGUGAAAGGGCUAUUGAAGGAGCUUGGUUUGGAGCAUGUGGCGGGUUCCAGGAUUGGUGAGGGAUCAAACAGUGGCAUAUCUGGUGGAGAAAGGCGCAGAGUAUCGAUUGGAGUUGAUUUGGUUCAUGAUCCUGCUGUUAUCUUGAUCGAUGAACCAACUUCAGGAUUGGAUUCAGCUUCGGCCCUUCAUGUAGUGACACUGCUAAAAUCAAUGGCAGUUAAUCAAGGUAAGACUAUUGUUUUAACCAUUCACCAACCUGGUUUUCGGAUCCUCCAGCUGGUUGAUCGCAUUGUUUUGCUAUCAAAUGGAGUUGUUGUUCAUAAUGGAACGUUGAAUCUUCUUGAAGAAAGGCUAAUGUUCGCUGAUCAUCGUAUCCCUCGUCGUGUCAAUGUUCUUGAAUUCGCCAUCGAUGUUAUAGAAAGUUUGGCCGUGCCAAAUUCAGAAUCUCUAAGUAGCAUAAACGGUGAUGAUUGUAGAAUGAUGAGCCCCUGCAUGAAUCUUGAAAGAAAGCUUCUCUUCUACCCCAAUUCUCGGUUGGAGGAGGUUUUGAUACUAGGACAAAGAUUUUGCAGCAACAUAUUCAGAACCAAGCAACUCUUUGCUACAAGAGUUAUACAAGCCUUGGUAGCUGGAUUUGUACUUGGAACCAUAUAUUUCAAUGUUGGAAAUGAUAAAGGAAGGAUUGCUUUACAAACUCAAACAGGUUUUUUUGCCUUCACACUGACCUUCUUGCUAUCUUCAACAACAGAAGGCCUGCCAAUUUUCUUGCAAGAGAGAAGAAUUUUAAUGAGAGAGACUUCAAGAGGAGCUUAUAGAGUUUCCUCCUAUGUCUUAGCCAACACAAUUGUUUUUCUUCCUUUUCUUCUGAUGGUCGGCAUCCUCUUCACCUCACCAGUUUACUGGCUAGUUGGUUUGAGAAGGGACACCAUUUAUGCGUUUCUUUACUUCUCCCUGGUGGUUUGGAUGGUUCUUUUGAUGUCCAAUUCUUUUGUGGCAUGUUUCAGUGCUCUUGUGCCAAACUUCAUCAUGGGGAACUCAGUGAUUGCAGGUCUAAUGGGAUCUUUCUUUCUCUUUUCAGGGUAUUUCAUAGCCAAAGAUAAAAUACCAAGUUACUGGAUUUUCAUGCAUUAUUUGAGUUUGUUUAAGUACCCAUUUGAGUGCUUUCUGAUAAAUGAAUUUGGAGGAAAACAAGGCCAAAGGAGGUGCAUAGAAUUUGAGUAUGGAGAAUGUAGUUUAUUGGGAAGUGGGUUCCUAAGACAGCAAGACCUGAAAGAUUCACAGAAAUGGAGCAAUUUAGCUGUGAUGUUGGGCUUCAUAAUUGGGUAUAGAGUGCUCUGCUUAUUUAUUUUGUGGUAUAGAUGUUACAGAGCAAUAAAGUAG